GAGUUUACCUGCCUUUCUCAAGGGACUUACAACUUCACCUCUGUGUAAGACAUUGCAACCAAGUACAAAACAGACUGGGUGGUCUAUGAGAAAGCUACCAAGAUGAACAGACAAACGCUGAUACUUGUAGUGUUAAGUUUAGGGUUUUGUAGCACCACUGCUCAAACUACAUCAGCAUCAACCGAAACAACAACACAACUAGCAUCUACAACUGAACCAACAACCACAACGUUUUUAACAUCUACAACAGAUCAAUCAACUACAUCUGAACAAAGCACCACAACCCAGACAGAAACAACCUCCCUACCCACAUCUACAGGCUCUCCUACAGAAGCAACAACACAACUUACAUCUACACUUGAACCCACAACUACAGCUGCUUCAUCUACAACAGAUCAAUCAACUACAUCUGAACAAAGCACAACACAGACAGCAACAACAUCUCUACCCACAUCUACAGGCUCUUCAACAGAAACAACAACACAACUUACAUCUACACCUGAACCAACAAGUACAACUGUUUUAACAUCUACAACCGAACUUACAUCCACAACAGUUUUAACAUCUACAACAGAUCAGUCAACUACAUCUGAACAAAGCACAACACAGACAGCAACAACAUCUCUACCCACAUCUACUGGCUCUUCAACAGAAACAACACAACUUACAUCUACACCUGAACCAACAAGUACAACGGUUUUAACAUCUACAACCGAACUUACAUCCACAACCGUUUUAACAUCUACAACAGAUCAAUCAACUACAUCUGAACAAAGCACAACACAGACAGCAACAACAUCUCUACCCACAUCUACAGGCUCUUCAACAGAAACAACAACACAACUUACAUCUACACCUGAACCAACAAGUACAACUGUUUUAACAUCUACAACCGAACUUACAUCCACAACAGUUUUAACAUCUACAACAGAUCAGUCAACUACAUCUGAACAAAGCACAACACAGACAGCAACAACAUCUCUACCCACAUCUACUGGCUCUUCAACAGAAACAACACAACUUACAUCUACACCUGAACCAACAAGUACAACGGUUUUAACAUCUACAACCGAACUUACAUCCACAACGGUUUUAACAUCUACAACAGAUCAGACAACUACAUCCCUACCCACAUCUACUGGCUCUUCAACAGAAACAACACAACUUACAUCUACACCUGAACCAACAAGUACAACGGUUUUAACAUCUACAACCGAACCUACAUCCACAGUUGUUUUAACAUCUACAACAGAUCAAUCAACUACAUCUGAACAAAGCACAACACAGACAGCAACAACAUCCCUACCCACAUCUACAGGCUCUUCAACAGAAACAACAACACAACUUACAUCUACACCUGAACCAACAAGUACAACGGUUUUAACAUCUACAACCGAACCUACAUCCACAGUUGUUUUAACAUCUACAACAGAUCAGUCAACUACAUCCGAACAAAGCACAACACAGACAGCAACAACAUCCCUACCCACAUCUACAGGCUCUUCAACAGAAGCAACAACACAACUUACAUCUACACCUGAACCAACAAGUACAACAGUUUUAACAUCUACAACCAAACCUACAUCCACAGUUGUUUUAACAUCUACAACAGAUCAAUCAACUACAUCUGAACAAAGCACAACACAGACAGCAACAACAUCCCUACCCACAUCUACAGGCUCUUCAACAGAAGCAACAACACAACUUACAUCUACACCUGAACCAACAAGUACAACGGUUUUAACAUCUACAACCGAACCUACAUCCACAGUUGUUUUAACAUCUACAACAGAUCAAUCAACUACAUCUGAACAAAGCACAACACAGACAGCAACAACAUCCCUACCCACAUCUACAGGCUCUUCAACAGAAACAACACAACUUACAUCUACACCUGAACCAACAAGUACAACUGUUUUAACAUCUACAACUGAACCUACAUCCACAACAGUUUUAACUUCUACAACAGAUCAGCCAACUACAUCUGCAAAAAGCACAACGCAGACAGCAACAGCAUCCCUACCCACAACUACAGCCUCUCUUACAGAAACAACAACGCAACUUACAUCUACACUUAAACCAACAACUACAACUGAACCUACAUCCACAACUGUUCUAGCAUCUACUACAUCUGAACAAAGCAGCACAACACAAACAACAACAUCCCUACCUACAUCAAAUACAGCUCAAUCUACUACCCUGGUUACAACAAACUCACCUACAAGAACAACUGUAUCCCUGCAUACAACAGUUCAGCCUGGAACCACAACACAGGCACCAACGAUUACAACCACAGAGACAACAACAACAACCCCGCAUACAACAAUUCAGCCUGGAACCACAACACAGGCUCCUACGAUCACAACCGUAGAGACAACAACAACACCGCAUACAACAGGUCAUCCUGGAACCACAACACAGGCUCCUACGAUUACACGCUCCUACGAUUAUAACCACAGAGACAACAACAACACCGCAUACAACAGUUCAGCCUGGAACCACAACACAGGCUCCUACGAUUACAACCGUAGAGACAACAACAACACCGCAUACAACAGUUCAGCCUGGAACCACAACACAGGCUCCUACGAUUACAACCGUAGAGACAACAACAACACCGCAUACAACAAUUCAGCCUGGAACCACAACACAGGCUCCAACGAUUACAACCGUAGAGACAACAACAACACCGCAUACAACAGUUCAGCCUGGAACCACAACACAGGCUCCUACGAUUACAACCGUAGAGACAACAACAACACCGCAUACAACAGUUCAGCCUGGAACCACAACACAGGCUCCUACGAUUACAACCGUAGAGACAACAACAACACCGCAUACAACAGUUCAGCCUGGAACCACAACACAGGCUCCUACGAUUACAACCGUAGAGACAACAACAACCCUGCAUACAACAGUUCAGCCUGGAACCACAACACAGGCUCCUACGAUUACAACCGUACAGACAACAACAAACACGCAUAUAACAGUUCAGCCUGGAACCACAACACAGGCUCCAACGAUUACAACCGUACAGACAACAACAACUCCGCAUACAACAGUUCAGCCUGGAACCACAACACAGGCUCCAACGAUUACAACCGUACAGACAACAACAACCCCGCAUACAACAGUUCAGCCUGGAACCACAACACAGGCUCCUACGAUUUACAACCGUAG